AGUGAACCCAUUACUGCAUAGCGGCUUGAUUGAAGAAACUAAUAAUGACUGCCUCAGAAACAAAUAGUCAGGCAGGGGAUUAAGUUGUUUGGACACAAUCCAAGCUGUCGCCGAGUGUGCCGCGGACUUCACAAGAGAUCGCAGAGCAAGCCUUCGCAAACAAAGCUGAUUUCAAAAAAGUCGAGGUUCAUACGAGGAAGAUUCAAGGGGGGCGGGCUUGCAUUGCCGCAGCGCCGAUGAGUCAUGCAUACUUCCUUGGGGUCGGGGUCCACCGCGCCUGCAGCCGCCGAUUGCCAGCAGUGCAACUGUGUGCAGCCUUCCCACCAGCAUAUCAGCGUUGGUAACAAGCGGGAACGAUGGCGCAGAAGGCCCACACGCGAGCAGGCUGCCUACCUCGGAGGACGGAGCCGCUGCUUGGCACACCCUGCGCCGACCCCGCUGCUGGCCCUGCAGGGAGCGGCAGCGGCCGCAGUGGGGCUCCUCGCAUGCAUCGAGGCAGGCGCUUGCUUGGGGCAUACAUGGGUGCCACGGCUGCCACCCCACACGGGGCGGGGACAAGCGCGCCGUAACAGCUCCACACUCGGCCUAACCGCAACUAACGGCUCACCUGGGCUCACCCCCUGCCCACUGCACUCCAGGCAACGACGUGCUCGCCAAGAGGAAACUGCACGCCAGAAGCAGGGCUGUGGAGGGCGUUGACAUGCACGUGUUGUAGUGCCUGUGCUCGGCUACCGCGUCGACUGCGGUCAGCGCGUGCACUAGGCCCCGGUCAUGGUGAACAGGAUGUGCAGGGCUGCAAUGGUAGCAGUGCGUGUUAGGUUUGGAUGCGUUACCUUGCUAUCUGCGUGAUAGGCUAGGCAGCUGCCGCGGCAUUUGUCUUGCUGCCAAUGACUGCGCGUUGUUGAUCCUAUUGGUCAUCUUUAUUAGGGGUGUGGGACUCAGCCCCACACCCCUGACGCAGGCAAAGGUGGUUGGUUCAGUAGAACUUGGUACCUAGUUUGCGGCUUUGCGCGGUGGUCUUUUGCCUGGUGUAGUCCAGUAUGACUUUCCUCUUAAUUCUGCGCCUCGGGCUCUUUACCUCGCAACGAGUCGCCACAGUCGCCAGUCAAUUGUCCCCAUGGACGUACGUGAGGGAAAAAGCGCUGACCCGGCUCCCCGUCGUUAGGCUCAGGUGUACGGUAUGAGUGCUGAUCGCACAGAUUCACGUCCGUCAACAACUCAACACGCUUUGGUUGCAGGCUUGUUGCGGUUCCUUCGGGCUUGAUGUGGCCGGGCUGGCUUUUCACCAGAGGUUUGGGGUGUCCAACUCGGCGGGUAGCUGUCAGUUGCCAUCGACAUUUGGUCCCGACCCCCCCCCCCCCCCUGGAAGUGGGCAUGCUGAGCCUGCAGUCCGCCGGGCGAAUACCUAUGACAAGUGGUAUGGCUAGAGGAUUUCCUGCUGUUUGGUUGAUUGCAUGCUGUGCUGUUGCUUGACAGCGGGACGACCGACGUGGCUGGACACAUCAUGGCGGGCCGUGGCUGUACAGCCCGAUGCCGGCUAUGUCCGAGAUGAGGUAGACGCUUGCGGCCUCAGACAAGGUACGUGGCUCAGCCCACUUUUCCCCGCUUG